AUGUCAAUAACAACUGAACUAAACCUUUUCAUUUAUAAACUUCCAACUUCCGAAGAGUUUCCAACAACUAUUCAUGUGAGAACAGUCACGUCGGAUGCUGAAUUUGAAAAAGUAUUCGAAAGUGGAGAUUCCGAUAUGAAUGAACACGUUAUUCUAAACAUACCAUUUCCAAAUAUUUCUCGUGAACACAAAAUUGAAAUUAAACUUUGUAUGCCAGAAGUUAGACUGGAAAAGAAAUUUCCUUUCAACUUGACAAGUGAUGGAACUUUUAUCUUGUUUGAUGGCUCUCAAGGACUUCGUUUCAAACAAAGAUUUGAUGGAAACUUUGGUCAAGCUUACAUUACAUCUAAACAUUCAUCUCAUGCUACUUCAAUCUCUGAAAAUUCAAAGAAUUUCAAGAAAUCUCCACAAAAAACUGGUUUCGAAUAUGAUGUGAAAACUGGUGAAACUAAUUAUCAAAAAAUUAUUGUAAAUGAAAAAUCGAAUAACACUAGCUCAUCAACUUCAACAAGUCAAAUUGGAAAAUCAAAGAAUGAUUCAAUUAUUCAGGAUUUGGAAAAAUUGGCCUCGUUGAGAGAUUCUGGAAUUUUGACUGAGGAGGAAUUUACGGCAAAGAAGAGAGUUAUUUUAGGAAUUUAG